CGAAAUGCACAGGUAGAUGGUCUGAAUCCAUUCCAUGAUGAGCAGAAGCUAUUACUAUUGAUUCGGGCAAUAUCUUCGAUCAAAUUUUCCUUUUGUCGGAUCACUGAUCAAUGAUGGUAGUAAAAUCUGACUGAUCGAACUGACUCUUUGAUUGGUCGAUUAGCGUCGGAUUGCGCCUGAAAACCGACCGGAUCAAUACACCCGUAGACUUUACUUACCUCAAUUUGUUGUUAUUCAAGCAAAAUUAGUCGAGAAAUGAGUUGGGCCUAGUGGGCCGAGUCGGUGGAGAACUCAGGCGACAGCUCACGACGUGCCAACUCAUUGUUUCAUUCACAAAAGCAUCAUAACCCAAUCGAUCAAAGAUUCUCUUCUCCCCAGUACUCCAAUGCCCUAGCUCCCACUUUCCACCGCGCGCCACUCUCAGAACCUUCCAGAUUCUCUCUCUCUCAUCUCUCUCGCUUCAUUUCCAAUUCCUGUAUUCUCAAACAAGCUUGCUUUAGGGUUUAUCUGCUCCUUCCCUGCUGAAUUCCGCUUCCAGAACUCAAUUUCUCCGAGAGAGAAUAUCUUUCCCCGUUACUUAUUUCCUGCUUCCGUUUCCUUACCCCCGCGCUAAAGAAUCCCCAGACCGACCACCGGCCUCCGGACGCUUGCAGGUGCUCAUUCUUUAUAAUUUAUUUAAAGACCAGAUUACACGUUAGCUCAAUUUUCCGUGGUGAGAUUCUAGGGGGUUUGGCUACACAGAGUUGAAUUUCUAGUAUUUUCUGAUUACAAAGUGAGACCAGGCAAUGGAUGACUGGGAGGAUGAGAACAUUCCACCACUCCAGAAGGAGCAGCCAAAGAAUAAAUGGGAUGACGAGGAUGUGGAUGAUAAUGAUGUGAAGGAGUCUUGGGAGGAUGAGGAUGAACCUGAACCUGAACCGGCUCCAGUAGUUAAACCUCCUCCUGAAGCUGUCCCAAAGAAACCUGCCGCCAAAACUACUGAAAAGAAAGGGAAAAUUGUUGAGGUAGCACCGCAACAGCCUCUAGAUCCUUUAGCCGAGAAACUUCGCCAACAAAGGUUAGUGGAAGAAGCAGAUUAUAAGUCCACUACUGAAUUGUUUAAAAAGAGAGGUGAUGAGAAGACCCUCGAAAAUUUUAUUCCAAAAUCUGAGAGUGACUUCUUGGAAUAUGCAGAGCUUGUCUCUCAUAAACUUCUUCCCUAUGAGAAAAGUUUCCAUUAUAUUAAUCUGCUGAAGGACGUUAUUAGACUGUCGAUGGCUUCACUAAAAGCAGCGGAUGCAAAAGACGUUGCCUCUUCUGUUACUGCUCUUGCAAAUGAAAAACUAAAGGCAGAGAAGGAAGCGAAUGCUGGUAAAAAGAAGACAGCUGUGAAAAAGAAGCAGCUUCAUGUCGAAAAGGCAGAUGAUGACCUGGUGGUCAAUUCGUAUGAUGAUAUCGAUGACUACGACUUCAUGUAAUUGUUUCAGUUCAGCAUUCUGCCUGAGUGUCACCACUAUUUGACCUGCAAAUGGAGGUCAGAUUCUUCGGCAUCAUCUCCCCUUUUUAAUACACCAAUAGAUUGAUUCCUUCUCGAGUGUCGUGUCGAAAUAAGGUUCUGUAUUAGACUUGUGUAUGGCAUGUCGUUAUAAAUUUUGCUCCUUUUUUUUCUCUUUUUUUUUGUUCGAUAGAGAUGGUUUCAAGUCACCCUUUGAGAAUGUAAAAGAAUGCAUGGUCAUUUCAACUCAGAUUGUUCAAAUUUUGUAUGUUGUGACAGAUGCUUCCUUCCACCUGGAUUACAUUAUUUUUGCAAAAGAUCAUUGGUUCGUUAAUUA